AUGGACUUGAAAACAUUAAAGCAAAUCUAUCUAGAUAGGCUUGCUCCAAGGCCGGAUGUAAGAUGGGGAAUUACAGGGGCGAUGUUUGUCCUCUACUGUGUCCGGAUAUGGACGACAGGGGCCUUCUAUCUGAUAACAUAUUGUCUGGGCAUAUAUCUUCUUCAUGCACUGAUCCUCUUUCUUACACCAAAAGGAGAGAUGAUUCCGGAUCCCUUCGAGAACAUUGAGGACGAUGACUACAUCCCGGAAACCAUAGAUAAUGAGUUCAAGCCCUUCAUCAGGAAUCUUCCUGAGUUUGACUUUUGGAUGUUUGUUACGAAGAUUGUUGGAAUGGCGUUUAUAGGAACAUAUUUUGACAUAUUGGAUAUUCCUGUGUAUACACCCAUUCUUGUGAUUUAUUUUAUUUUCAUGGUUGGAUAUACUACAAAGCGCCUGAUUGCACAUAUGAAGAAGUACAACUAUAACCCGUUUCUCCAAAGCAAGGAGUACUAUAAGAAAUAA